GCGCGAUUGGCCGGCACCGCUGUCGCUCAGUGCUCCGAGUGGAAGGGGCUGACCGCCGGCCUCCGCAGGGUCGCGGGAGCCGCGCGGCGGAUGGGAGGGGCUGGAGCGAAAGUUGCGGGCGCGGGAUCCGGUAUCCGGGGCAAUGGAAGCGGGGCCCGCCUUGUCCCCCGGGCCUUCCCGCUCCUUCAAGGAGGAGCUGCUCUGCGCCGUCUGCUACGACCCCUUCCGUGACGCCGUGACUCUGCGCUGCGGCCACAACUUCUGCCGCGGGUGCGUGACCCGCUGCUGGGAGGUGCAGGUGGCACCCACCUGCCCGGUGUGCAAGGACCGCGCGGCCCCCGCCGACCUGCGCACCAACCACACCCUCAAUAACCUCGUGGAGAAGCUGCUGCGCGAGGAGGCCGAGGGCGCGCGCUGGACCGGCCACCGCUCUCCGCGCCUCUGCCGCCUUCACCGCGGCCAGUUCAACCUCUUCUGUCUUGACGACAAGGAGCUGCUGUGCUGCUCGUGCCAGACCGACCCCCGGCACCAGGGGCACCGCGUGCAGCCGGUGAAGGACACUGCCCACGACUUUCGGGCCAAGUGCAGGAACAUGGAACACGCGCUGCGGGAGAAAGCCAAGGCCUUCUGGGCCAUGCGGCGCUCCUACGAGGCCAUCGCCAAGCACAAUCAGGUGGAGGCUUCCUGGCUGGAAGGGCGAAUCCGGCAGGAGUUUGACAAGCUUCGAGAGUUCUUGAGAGUGGAGGAGCAGGCCAUCCUGGAUGCCAUGGCCGAGGAGGCCAGGCAGAAGCAGCUUCUGGCCGAGGAGAAGAUGAAGCGGCUGGCGGAAGACACGGAGGCCCUGGCCCAUGAGAUUGAGCGGCUGCAGAUGGAGAUGAAGGAGGAUGACGUUUCCUUUCUCAUGAAACACAAGAGCCGAAAACGCCGCCUCUUCUGCACGAUGGAGCCAGAGCCUGUCCAGCCUGGUAUGCUCAUCGACGUUUGCAAGUACCUGGACUCCCUGCAGUACCGAGUCUGGAGGAAGAUGCUCGUGUGUGUCGAAUCUGUGCCUUUCAGCUUUGAUCCCAACACUGCGGCUGGCUGGCUGUCCGUGUCAGACGACCUCACCAGUGUCACCAACCACGGCUACCGGGUCCAGGUCGAGAAUCCGGAGCGCUUCUCAUCAGCACCCUGCCUGCUGGGCUCCUGCGUCUUGUCGCAGGGCUCGCAUGCCUGGGAGGUGGACCUGGGGGCACUGCCGAGCUGGCGCGUGGGCGUGGUGCGGAUGCGCCAGGACGCGGGCGCCGAGGGCCACUCGCACAGCUGCUACCACGACACGCGCUCGGGCUUCUGGUACGUGUGCCGCACACAGGGCGUGGACGGCGACCACUGCGUGACCUCGGACCCCGCCACAUCGCCCCUGGUCCCCGCCAUCCCGCGCCGCCUGCGCGUGGAGUUGGAGUGCGAGGAGGGUGAGCUGUCCUUCUACGACGCGGAGCGCCACUGCCACCUGUACACCUUCCACGCCCGCUUCGGGGAGGUACGGCCCUACUUCUACCUGGGCGGCUCGCGGGGGGACGGGCCCCCCGAGCCGCUGCGCAUCUGCCCCCUGCGCAUCACCGUCAAGGAGGAGCUGGAUGGCUGAAGCCUGCCCUGCCUGAUAUCGCCGGGUCUCGCGCCCCGGUCCCGUUUUCUUUCUGUCUCUUCCCAAAGGCACACUUGCCUUGGUACCUCUCUGCCUCCCGCCUUCUUGCCAGGAUCUUCCUACUGGCCAUCCUGUCCUUUUCUGUGUCUCCAGGCCAUGUACCUCCUCCCUCAUUUUUGGUCCCUUCUCUACCCACCUUUGAAAGUUAUCCAGGAGACACCUCCCUGAUUAGGCUUUUUCCAAAGUUGUGGCAUCCUCUGGAUGUGAAUUUUCUGAUUCACAUUCUAAGAUUGCUGGGCAUAAUGUUUGCUUCUAAGAAUGGGUCUGUUUAAAAAUGUAAGUUUCAUCAUUUUCCAAGAGUGGUGAGGCCAGCAGACUGGAAGAGGACUGCUGUUGAGAAGAGUUUGUUACUCACAGUCUCCAGGAGGAGGACCCUGCCAUGGUGGGGGUGGGGUGGGGUUUGGGAAGCACCAGGGUCCUUAGGAGGCAAGGGGCGUGAGGGGAAAGCUUGGGUGGGAGACUUAUUGUGCUUUUCAAGGGAAGGAACAGGCCAGGCAGGGUAAGUGGGUUUAUGAUUGGCAAGUUGGAAUACUUUUGACCAGCGCUAGGGCGCAGGGGCUGCCCCUAGGGAUGAUUAGGACAGGGGGAUAUUGGCCUGGAGUGGAGGAGCCCUGUGAGAGCCUGAUACAGGAGGUGGUUGGGGGGUAUAGCUCUGCGUGUAGAAGGUUGGCUGCAUUUGAAAGGCGUGCUCAUAGGGGAGUUGUUUGCUGUAUCUAGGAAUUUGCUAGCCGGAGAAGCCCCAGAUGCCAAAGUGUCAAGAUUACAGAAAAGAAGAAAAUACAGUUAAUACAGGACCAUUGCCAUGGCUUUGGGGAGGACCCAUGGCUAGGCUUGUCUGUCACUUUAUACCAGUAUUUAAAACUGCUCCAGGGGCCUCCCUGGGGCCCUUCAGGGUGGGGUUGCGGUCAAGGCUGCCCAUCAGCUCGGCUCUGAUUUAUUGAUUUACACUUCUUGGAUGAUUUCCUGUGAACAGAGUUUCCAGAGCACUUAAAAACACACAAUUUAAAAACCAUGGUUUAGACUCGUUCCCUCUUUGGGCCUCACUUUCCUCAUCUGCAAUGAGAUUGUAGGCCUGGAAGGUGGUGCCCUUCUGUAAUUGUGUGCAGCAUCUUCCUCUGAUUCUUCUCACAAAGGUACAGAAGGGAGGGAAAGAGGGGCCCUUUCAGUUAGGAAGGAAGGAAGGGGACGCGGUCCAGGGGAAGUACAAGGAGGGAGGGAGCUCCAGGGCUCUUGUCUUUGCUGACCUCAGCCUGCUCGUUCUUGUUCUCCUGGCUUUUGUGUUCUCAUCCUGAUUUCUUCUCCCUCUGCCAUGCCUACAGACUCCUACCUCCACCUUUUCUUCCUCAUACCUGCCUGCAGAGAGUUUUUAAUUGUCAACUCACUGUGUCCUGGGACAGUACUGUAAAAGGAAAUGUUUUCCCACUGGAGCAGUGUUCUAAUGGGGCGCUUUCCUGACCAAGGGCUCACAAACUUUCUCCUGCUUGUGUCCCCUGGUUCACAGAAAUGGACAUUUUAAGCAGAAAUGAUGACUCAAAACUAAAUAUUGGUUAUAAAUGGGAUGUGUACAUCAUUGGCAGCCAUGGGGAGGGACGUGGUAGGAUAUGCCACUGAGUGAAGGAAGAGCAGGCGUGGGCGAGGGGGUGAGGAUGUUGGCAAACAGGUAUGAGCUGAGCAGGGCCCUGCUAAAGGCUCUCAGACUCAGCAAAGCUCAAGGCACUUUGCAGCCAACACAUCUGAGUCCUGUGUGCACUUUCUACCAUAAAGUAUUUAUCUAGCCCAUCAAAUAUAAUUUCUACAUAAUAAUCUUGACCUGAAAUUAUUUUGUUAGUUGUAAUAAACUUAUAAAAAAUGUUUUUCCUUUCCACCUUAGGUGUUGGAAGAGGUUUUCUUAGAGGAUAAUUUGCAUAGCCUAGGGCCCUUUUUACCAAAAUGAAAAAUGAUAUUUGAGCUAAAGCCCACUUUGUCUUUUGACAUUUUCCUUUCAGUGUCAUUGUAAACAAAAGUUCAUUCACCUUGUAUUCCACCUUUUUUGUUUUUAUUAUUGGAUAAUCUAUUGUAUGGAUAUUCUACAUUUUAUUUAUUCUUCAGUUGGUGGAAACAUUUCGAUUGUUUCCACUUUUUGCCGUUAUGAAUAACGCUACUGUGAACACUUGAGUACAAGAUUUUGUGUGGACAUAGGUUUUUCGUUCUCUUGGGUAUGUAUCUAGGUGUAGACUUGCUGGAUCAUGUGGUAACUCUGUUUAACCUUCUGAGGGACUGCCAGGGACUUCCCAGUGUGGCUGCACUAUUUUAUAGUCUUACCAGCAGGGUAUGGGGGUUCCAAUUGCUCUGUAUUCUCAUCAACACUUGUUAUUGUCUGUAUUUUAACUUAGCCAUCCUAGGGGUGUGAAGUGGUAUCUCAUUGUAGUUUUGACUUGGAUUUCCCUGAUGCUUAAUGGUAUCAAGCCUCUUUUCAUGUGCUUAUUCUCCAUUUGUUUAUCUUCUUAGGAGAACUGACUUCAGAUCCUUUGCCCAUUUUUAACUGAGCUUUUUGUCUUUUUACUGUUGAGUUGCAAGACUUCUUUAUAUACUUUCUAGAUACAAGUCCCUUAUCACAUACAUGAUUUGCAAAAAUUUUCUGCCACUCUGUGGGCUGUCUUUUCACUUGCUGGAAGAUGUCCUUUGAAACACAAAAGUUUUAAUUUUGAUGAUGUCCAGUUUAUUUUUCCUUUCGUUGCUUGUGUAUCCUAGAUCUCUUACCUUUGACACUGCCCUUAAGCUCAGAGACUCCAGAUUCUGGAUUUUGGCUCCGGCUUGGGCAUUUGUCCUGCUGACAAGGAGCCCUAGUCCAAGAGCCCGUUCCUUCUUCCCUUGAGCCCUCCUACUGCCGCCUCCCUCUCUCACUAGCCCCCAUUUCACUCUCCUGCUCAAUGUGACAUCCAGGCUGGAGGUUGACUUAAUGAUUCAUGAGCUACCUGAGCCUUUUGAGCCUCUGCUCCCUCAUCUAAAUGAGGAUUAGGAUACCUACCUCAGGCUGUUGUGGGGAUUUUGGUGUAUAAAUGCCAUGUGGUAUAUCCUAAACAUAGUAUAGAUGUAAUACCUGUUGGCUAAUUCUUCAGAAAAUGGGAGGUUUUGAAUGUUGACCUUACGAAUCAUGUUAAUGAAAAAUCCCAAAGGAACCUGAGAAAUGUAAGUUAUCCAAUAUUGGGAGCGCUCAGAUUCCUUGAGACUUUUAACAAGAUUGUAUACACAAAACUUACGUUUAUGACAAAUUUCAGUAACAUGGGAAAAUGGUUAUGUUGUGAUGACCGAGAAGACUAGGAUUUAUAUGUAUAGACAUGCAACACACACAGAAAGACCAUUUGUCUCUAAUUUGUGUGUGUUGUUUGAUUAGAUCAUCCAUUUAUGUGGCUGUAAAAUCCAAAGGUACAAAAGGUUCUAGAACAGUCUCCCACUUCUGCCCAAACACUCAGCUCCCUUCCUUGUGGGCAGUCAUUACCAUUAAAAAAUCCUUCCAGAGAGAUUUUAUGUACAGCAAUACCCUUGUUUUAUGAGUAUAUUCUGGUUUCCCCAAUACACUGUAAUUUAAAAGCAGAUACUCUAGAUCUGUAUCUCUAAGCAACCCAACAAGAGGAGAACACUCAAAAUAAAGGAUGUUAUUCAAAUAAUUUCCUCCCCUCCAGGGGGAGGUUUGUUAUGGAUGUUUUCAUGCAGUCAGUUCACUGGUGGAUUCAGCUUUUCAUUGUUUACUUCACCCUAGGGUUUUAAAACAGGGAAAAACAAAGUGGAAUUUAGUUGCUCCUGACAUUGGAAGACAAAACUUACACUUGAGACCUCAACAUAUGUUUUUAAAAUCUCAAUCCUCACCAAGGUGUCCAGUGACCUACAUAGCUAGUGGUUAAGAGGCUGGGCUAUGGGAUGGGCAGCCUGGAUUCAAACUCUGCCUCAGCCACUGUGUCACCUUGGGAGAGUUAUUUAACUUCUCAGUGCCUUAGUUUCAUCAUGUGAAAGGAUGAAGAUAAUAUCUUAAGAUUAAUGGAGAUAAUAACCUACUUCAUAAGGUGGUUAUGAGAUUAAGUGAGCAAAUGUGUAAAGCACUUAGGAUAGGGUCUGGCAUAUACUUUGCUGUUGAUAGUUUACCGUUGUUUCCCCUGGCUCUGCUACUCCAUAGCUCUGUGGCUUCAGAUAAAGCCAUUCGACUUCUCUUCUGUAAACGGGGAAACGAAGACACGGGCAUGAUUUUUUCAAGGUCUUUUCCAGUUCUAAUGUCCUGUGAUUCAUAAUUUGUGUCCCUAGCAAAGGCUGGGAUCCUGCACGCAGUAGGGGCUGCUGAUUUAGGGUGCUGCUGUCGACCAGUAUCCAAGACCCUGCAAGUGGUACCAGAAGGCUUGCCUCAUGUUUGAGUCUGGAGAAAAAGAAAACGAAUGAGUCGUAAUGUGUGAAGGAUAGAAAAGUUAUUCCGGAGAGCAGCAGGUCUUGAAACUUUGUUCCUAAGAUUAGUAAUCAAUCAUGCACAAUAAAAUUGUACUGUCAUGUUCCA